CAUACGUUUUCCCUGUUCAGUCGUUUGUCGUUCAAUUCUUUUUGAAGCAUAGUUAUUUGUCUAUUUGAAUUGCGAUGGUUUUUGAAUGUCUUAAAUAUUUUUUGUAUGUGCUUAGUUAACAUUGUCUAUUGUUGUUGACCGUCUUUGUUUAUUGGGAUAAUUUACCCUUUUAUGAUUUCAAGUAUUUUAUUUUUAAGUUCUACAUUGCUUUCAUUACUUUUAUGUUGGAAAAAUAAGUAUAAUAAUAUCAUUAUUACUCAUUAAUAUUCAGCAUUGAGAGAAACUAUUUAAAAUAACUAAAGAUGAAUCAGCAGCAACCACAACAACAGCAGCAGCAGCAACAACAACAACAACAACAACAACAACAACAACAGCAGCAGCAGCAGCAGCAGCAGCAGCUAAAACAAGAACAACCUUCACCAACACAGCCACAAAUUAACGAAGACCAAAAAAGAUCAAAUGAACAAAUUGAUGAUGAAAAUCAGUCUAAUGAAGGAUUUGUUGUGAAAAUGCGUGGUCUUCCAUGGUCAGCUACGGCUGAUGAUAUAAUCAAAUUUCUUAGCAUAUUAGGUGAAGCAAAAGUUAGAGGUGGAACUGCAGGAGUACAUCUUACUAUGGCUAGAGAAGGACGUCCUAGUGGUGAAGCUUAUGUUGAAAUGGAAUCUGAGGAAGAUCUUAAGGCUGCACUUAAAAAAGAUCGAGAACAUAUGGGCAAUCGUUAUAUUGAAGUAUUUAGAUCAAAACGUUCAGAAAUGGAAUGGGUGAUUAAAAAAACUGGAUCUACACUCGAUAGUGUAUUAGAUGAUAAUUGUGUUCGAUUAAGAGGUCUUCCAUUUGGAUCUACAAAAGAUGAUAUAAUACAAUUUUUUCAAGGGUUGGAGAUGACAACAGACGGUAUAACCAUAGCAACCGACUUCACGGGGCGGAGUACGGGGGAAGCUUUUGUACAAUUUGUAGACAGAGAGAAUGCAGAGAAAGCUCUGCAGAAACACAAGGAGAAAAUAGGACACAGAUAUAUUGAGAUAUUCCGCAGUAGUUUAGCUGAAAUUCGUAAUCAAGCUUUACAAAGAAGACCUCGGCAAACUCCAUAUGAUCGAAUGGAUCGUUUUGGUAAUAGUGGCGGUAGUGGAGGUAGUGGACGGUACUUUGAUAUGCCCAUGAGAGCUGGUCGUAAUAUCAAAUCAUUUGGAAAUAAUGGUUAUGAUAAUGGUGGUGGCCCAUGGAAUAGUGGUAGAAAUAUGGGCGGACCAAGAGGGGGUGGUGGAAGUGGCCAAGGUAUGAUGGGUGGUAGUGGCGGAGGUGGUGGAGGAUGGAAUAGUAAUAACUGGAAUGCUCCUCCGAGUAGACCUUUGUAUGUUGUUCAUAUGAGAGGAUUACCUUUUAAAGCAAACGAAGAAGAUAUUGCUGCAUUUUUUGAACCAUUGGAACCUGUUGAAAUAGUAAUUCUUUUCAAUAACAAUAACCGGCCAUCUGGCGAAGCUAAUGUUGAAUUUGCUAGCAAAGAAGAUGCUAUGAGAGCUAUGUCAAAAGAUAAAACAUAUAUGCAACAUAGAUAUAUAGAACUCUUUAUGGAUGGACCAGUUGGAGGCGGACUGGGUGCUGGAGGUAAUAAUUUUAGUAUGGAUGAUAUGGGACCCCCAAAUACUGGCAAUGGUGGAAAUUUUGGUGGAUUUGGAAACAAUUCAUAUGGAGGUACUGGCGGAGGCGGUGGAAAUUCAUUUGGAAACAAUUCAUUCUCCAGGCGUAAUGAAAAUUCUGGUCCUCCAAAUUCAUUUUUUUCUAAUAAUAUGGGUGGUGGUGGAUAUCCAAGACCAUCAGGACCUAGAAAUAUGUCUGGACCAGGACCUAAAUUUAAUCCAUUUUAAAAUUGAUUUAAAUAAGUGAAAAUUUGUAUAAGUAUUAUCAUACAUUUAUUAGGAAGUUUUGUUUUUUAUUCUUAAUGACAUAAUUUAUUAUACUUUAAAGUUGAGUACUAACUGCAGUAAGUAUACUACUAUUAAAGUAAAAAUUUUGACCACUUAAUUUAUUUACACUGCAAAAUGUUUUUUGUAA